CAUUCACGUGACCGACAUCGGCAUGGGCUACUUGUCGACGAUGACGUCUCUGACGUCUCUGACGCUCCGCUGGUGCACGCAGAUCAGAGACUUUGGUCUGCACCACCUCUGCUCCAUGAGAAACCUGCUGGUGCUCAGUUUGGCAGGCUGUACGCAGCUGUCGCCCAGCGGUCUGUCCAGUCUGGUUCAGCUCCGCCAGCUGGUGGAGCUCGAGCUGACCAACUGCCCCGGCAGCUCGCACGAGCUCAAUGACUACCUGAGGGAGAACCUGCCCCACUGCUGGGUCUACGACUGAGCAACUGAGCGCGGCGCUGUGCCGCUGCGUCUGCGGCAGCCACUCGGAGCAGUCAGCGCGCCCGCUUUCGGCGCGGUCCGCAGGCUGGUUGUACAGCCCGCCGGCUGAGCGGCCGAUCGAUGAGCCCCCCGCCCGCUCAGCGGCUCACACGUGUCAUUAGCCGUGUCUAUGCGGGAGCGCUCCAUUGACCGUCUUACAAGGUGUUACCCAUGUGGGUGUAUCGUGUGUCAAUUGUCAUAGACUAAAACUGAGCGUUCCGAGGAGAUCCUGUGGCGGCGCCCUGCUGACGGGGCUCUGUGCCUGCCAGACACAGAGGGCCAGGGAGCCGGCGCCCUGC